AAAGAUGACUCUAACUAUUAAUGCCUCCGUACGGCUCACCAAAAAGAGCGACUGGCAGCCCUGGUUCAGUCGCAUCAAGACACGAGCAACUAGAGAAUGUGUCUGGGAGUAUAUUAAUCCAGAUCUCUCACCAGAAAAUCUCCUGGUUAACACUAUGCCACAGAGGCCUGAGGUCGCGAAGUUUCAUACAGGCAGCACCCAGCUCAGUCCGAAUCCUAUGGUCUCUGACCUAAACCUUAACGAUUAACGAUGCUACACAAUGGCCCGCGAAGACUACCGCGAUGAUCUAAGGUUAUUCUAAACU